AACCCGAUGAAAAAGAAAGUAGAAAUGAAAAUUCAUGGAAUCAGAACGCUCGUUGGCCCCGACCACUCCUCCUCGAUUUUAAAAACGACACUCAUAAAACGUGCAUGAAAUCAAGAAAAAAGGUAACAUAUUAAUAUGAGUGACAGCAAAGGAAGAGGUGGUAGGGGUGGUGGUCGGGGAAAGCCCAGGGGAGGGUCCCAGGGAGAGGGUCGGGGAGGCCAGUCUGGGAGAGGAGGAAAUGUCAGAGGAGGGCCGCAAGGUGGCAGAGGAGGACCGCAAGGUAGCCGAGGGGGACCACAAGGUGGAAGUCAGACCCCCAGAGGAGGAGGGCAUGAUAACCCAAGAGGGCAUUCAGGGCAACAAAAUAGGUAUGGAAGUCAUCAAGACUUGUUCCCAGGACAAAACUUUAAUUCUCAGACGUCUCUUCUUGGCAAUCCAACCAAUUGGCAGCCGGGGGUUCCCCAAACUAAUGUGCCAUUACCCCCAUACCUGCCAGGGGGGGUGGUCAACUAUCCAGGACAACAUCAGAUUUAUCCUGGAAUGCCGCCAAACUAUCCACCACCAAAUGCCCCAGGUGUACGAGCACCGCUGAUGUCACUGCCACCACACCAGAUGUCUUUGCCACAACAACCACUAACGCAGCCACCAAGACACGAUUCCUCAGCAGGGUCAGCUAAGUUUGAGUCAAAGCAUCCAGUGGUGAAACUGAAUGAUUUGAAGCCAGGGCUGAAGUACCAAGACCAACCUACCAACAAUGAUUUUGUGUGCAUAAGUGUCGAAGUAGGGGGCAGACUUUUUGAAGGAUAUGGGUUGACAAAGAAAGAUGCAAAGAAACAAGCAGCAGAAUUUGCCUUAAAGGAUUUGUUCAACAUUAUAUGUAUUGAAGAAAAAGGUUCAGGAAAUGAUCAGGGAUCUUCUGAGAAGAAAGAAAAGGCAAAACCAAAAUCAAAACUCAAAGAUGAAGGAGAAGAUAUGGAGAGAAUCUUCAAUGACACAAUGGAAGACUUGAAGAAGUUGACCCUCCCAGAUGUGAAUGUUAAGAGUAAAAGGCCACCAACUGGUAAUAAAACAAUGCAAAAAAACCAAGGUGGGAAACCUCAGAAAGAAAUAGAUAUGGGAAGUAGAGGCAACCUGAAAGACGAUAAUAUAAAUGAUGAUUCCCAGUCUGAAAGAGGAGGUCGUAGACGAGGUGGGAGAGGGAAAAGAAGAGGGAAAGGAACCAAAGCAGGGGAGGCACUGCCGGGGGAUGAUGGGGAAGAAGAUGAAUCUGGUAAUGACAGUGACACUAGUCAUGUAUCGCAGUCAAGUAGAGGAAGAGGCGCCAACAGGAGGGGCAGGGGAAGAGGUAGAGGAGGUUUACAACCAUCUGGUAGUACACACGAUUUAAAUGUGCAGGAUGAUUCUGACAAUGAAAGUGUGUGCAGUCAAACUUCACAAUCAGGAAGAGGAAGAGGAGGAAGAAUUCAAAGAGGAGGCAGGGGAAGAGGUAGAGGAGGAAGGGGUGCUAAUUCCCAGAGGCACAACAGUGGGGGUCAGGAAGGAGAAAAGGAUGAGGCAGAAAACAAACAUCAGCAAGCUGCCCUUGAUCUGGGUGAUGAGUCUGAUGAGAACUUCUCUGAAGCAAAAGUCUUCAGAUAUCUUGUGAAAACAUUAGGAGGGUGUGCUAGCAUACAGAAAUUUAAGGAGGAGUUUUCUCCUUUGCCUGCUGAUUUCGAUGACUGGGUCAAGACACCCAAGAAUAGGUUGUCAGUUUUUAAACGAAAUGGUAGGCCUGUUGUCAUAGGACCCUAUCUUAGGGAUGCCACUGUGUGUGUUGAUAACAUGGGGUUUGGAGGAAAUAAGAAAUGUAAUCGCAAGGAAUGCAAUCACUUCCAUGUUUGCAACUUUUUCUUAAACGGAUGGUGUAAACGUGGAUUUAAAUGCAGAAAAGGCCAUACAUUUACAAAGGGGCCAAACCGAGAACUCAAAACAAAGUUGGGUCUUAAUCCUUUUAAGGAUGCAGAGAUAAAAACCAUAAUACUGUGUAGGUACCCUCAAGUUUGCCCAAAAGGAAAAUGCCAUAAAGAGGAUUGUCCAUAUCUUCACAUUUGUUACAACUUUCUACGUGACAAAUGUGAAGAUUCUGACUGCUCAAGGGGACAUGAUCUAGGUACUCCACACAACUUGUGGGUUCUGUCUGUCUAUAGAAUGGAGAAGUGGCCAGUUGAAAAAAUGGCUUUGCUGAAAUUUCUCAUUAACAAGCCCAUGAAACCACGUACCAAAAAAAUCCCUGGUGAUACUACUGAAUCCACAAUAGAUCCAGCAGAAAGUGUUGGAAGUGUGGACGAUGAAGAUUUUGAAGAAAAUGAGUAUGAUGAGGAUACUGAUGAUGAUGACGAUGAUGAUGAUUAUGAUGAUGAAGAAGAUAAUGCAGAAGGGGAUAAGGAUGUAGUUGGAGAGGUGUAUCACUAUCCAAAGUUUGUGGAUUCAGAACCUAAAGCAGAGACUCUUCCUAAGAAAAGACUGGAUAGGAAAAACAGAUGGAACACUAAUGAAGAGGAAUCAGAGCCGAUAGAAAUUACUGAAAAAGUCAGUACAAAUACUAGUGUUCUAGAAAGAGAUGCUGACAAAAAAGACAUUUGUCCAAGUUUGAUACCAGGAUCCUGCAAGGAGAAGAAAUGUGACAGACACCACAGGCCACUUCCCUAUCUGUGGCAGAUCCGAAUAUUUGGCACAUGGGUCAGCUUUGAUGACGAAGAGAAUGAGAAAUUGGAACGAGGCUACUGCAACUUGGAGGAAAUAGGGGAUGCAGAGGUGGAACAUGAGGAAAGGAAGUACAAAAUUCACAUGAAGUUCAAUGAGAACAUUGGGGUGGUGUAUGAAAUAAUGCAUGGAGAAGAAUCACUGAACACCAACGAUGUGUUGAGCAGCCGCAGGCUUUCAACUGCUUCCUUUGGCAAGGAGAAAAAGCCGUUAACAACUGGAUCAUUCCACACCCAGUGGAGAUGGUACUACCAUAACGACGUUGGACAGUGGGUUCCCUUUGACAAGGAUAGAUUCCAGUACACAUUGGAGAAAAAAUAUGUCAUGGGACAAAAAACCUACCUUUUCACCAGAGAGAACUACAAAUUUAAGUACAAAAUAGAGUUGGCUGAUUGGACACAGGUCAAUCUGGACACGGGCAAGGAACGAAAGAUCCUGCGCAGACCUGUGUUUGUGUCCAUUACAGAUGUGGCAGCAAAGAUAUACCCACCUAUUAUUCAAGUGUCGGCUACAGGACCUGUACCCCCGGGCUGGGCCCCUUGGGACUUGGCCCACCCCUUUGAGUUGGUAGAACUUGAUGAAUCCUGUAAAGAGUACAGAGAGGUGAAGGGAGCCAUGUUUGAUACAUUGAAGGAGGACUACUUCACUAUCAGUAAUAUUUAUCGGAUUCAGAACUUAAGUCUUUGGAAGGAGUUCAAUAUGAGGAAGACCAAUAUGGAGAUGGACCAUGAAAUGAGAGGUGAGAGUGUCAAUGUAAAAAGUCUCUUCCAUGGCACAGAUUCCAUUAAUACUUGCUAUGGUAUUUGUACAAACAAUUUUGAUUUUCGAUUGAGUGGGAAAAAUGCUACCAUGUAUGGCAAAGGGUCAUACUUUGCUACCACAGCUAAAUACAGCAACUGUUACACCAGAGGUCCGCUACGUCUUAUGUUCCGAGCUCGAGUUCUGAUUGGUCGAUAUACCAAGGGAGAGAAGGACAUAGCAUGCCCUCCAAACAUUCCAGGCGAGGGUCACAAAAGAUUUGAUUCUUGCGUGGAUAAUGAAACUAAUCCAAGUAUAUUUGUCGUAUUCGACAGAAAUCAGAGCUAUCCAGAGCAUUUGAUUGCAUAUAAAGGGAAGGAUGAUGAGCUCAGUCCUGCACUUAGUAAUCCUGCACCUGUGUCAAAUCCUGUGAGUAGGCCAAGCUCUUUGAGCUCUUUGCAGUCAACUGCAUCCGGUGUUGCUCAGGCCUCCUCCAGCACUCUAGGGAACAUUUCUCAGAGUGCGCAGAGAUCCCCUAGUCAGCUGUACUCGGGGCCCAGCAGUGGUAUUGGUACACCUCAACCUGCUUCAAGUCCGGGAGUGAUGUAUAGCAAUCCCUACCAGUCGUCCCCGACAACAAGUUUACCUGGUACAUCCAGGAGUCCAUCGGAGUCGCAGAGUUUCUCUUACAGGACAGCAUCCGGACGUGAGCAGAGAAUGUCUUAUCCGGAAGCCAAAAAGAAGGAAGAGACCUGCAGUAUCCAAUAGACUAUUGUUGGAUUUGGACAAUGUCUAGUAGAGUGCUUGUGGAAUUAGAAAGUUGCAAGGUGUUAUGCCAUUAUGAAUGAAAAUCAUUUGGAUAAUAAGUCGCAUACGCAACAGGUUUGAUGUUCUCAAUAAAGCAAUUAAAUGAGGAUUUCUGCUUCAAACUACAAAGGCAAACUUAAACAUAUUUUGUCUGCUUUGUGGGUUUUCAAAGACAUAGAUAGGGAUUUGCCAGUUUCUUGAUGAAAACAAUCUUAUAGAGUUUUUUGUCAUGUAUUUUUCACAUGACAUGACUAUGGCCAAUAGAAUGAAAUUCUUGGCCCACAGAUUUGCAAAGGGGUAUAAUUCAGUGGAAGAAUAUAGAGAGAAUAAUACAUGCCAUUUUCCAUAUCACAGCUUGUAUUAGCCCGAGGGCCAAAGGCCCGAGGGUUGAUAUUGGUCGAGGGCUGAUACAGGCUGUGAUAUGGAAAAAGGGUAUCUAUUAUUAUAUUCAUUACAUACUUAUUAAUAAAAUUUAAAAAACAUCAACUUGUUCAAAUUGAUUUUAAAUAUUAUUUGAAAAUAAUCUAUACAUGUAUGAAAAUUAAAUUAUGUGAUCUAAUUGUUUUAACAAACAUGUAGCUACAGAACUGGCAUUUUCUCAGAUUUAUAAAGUUAACUGCUCCAAAGCAUUUGCUACCAUUUGAUGUUUUCAACUGCACUUAAAAAUGUUGAUGUAACAAAUGUUUUCGUCUGAAAACAUGCACAAAUGCAAAAACAAAAAAAAGGAGUGGAGUUUUGCAAGGGGUGUGAUACAGAUCUGUAUCAGCCCUAGGGCUGAUAACCUGUAUCAGCCCCAGAGGCCAAUCUGUAUCACAUAUGCUAAAAACCUGUAUUUAUUAUUACUAAGUAUGUAAUGAAUAGCUUUUAUGAAUGUGGUCAUAAGUCUGGGAUUUGGUUUUUUUUUUUAAAUGAUACUGAGCUCAGAGGAUUUUGCAUUGUAUGUUUCUGUAUAUUAUUGUUUAUUAUAUGUACAUAGUGUUUCUCAUCUGAUAAAGUACUAGAGUAAGUGACCAGUAUUUUAUUCUGAUGAUGUUUCACUAAUAAGAACUCUCACAAUGAAAACAAAGAAGAUUAAUGAAAAUGCCGGUAUACAUACAUUGUGUAUUUGCUGGUGAUGGUGAAGAGAGAUUAACCAGACAUUAUUUGAUCCAAGUUAUAAUAAAAGCAAGUACGUUCAUGAACUUGUAAAAAAAAAUUGGAUUUAGUACCGUAAUAUGAGAUGGCAUGUUGCAAAAAAUAAUUCAGCAAGCAAGUGUAUAAUUUGGGUUUGUUGAAUAUAAUCAUAUCAUAUUGGUCUGGAGUUAGAUUGGUUACUGGUGUGAUGACUCUAGUUGUUGAUAUGUGCCAUAUUUAAAGUGCUU